UUAUAUCAUGUUUAGUUGGUGUUCAGUGUUCCAUACACUUACAGCUCAGGAACAGUUGGAACUUCUCUCCCUAUCAGAUAAAUUUCUUCUGCCUGAACUUAAUAUGAGAAUAUCUCAUCAAAUUAUCAGAGGAUGCUUGCAAGAAGGAUUUCUUCUCCAGGUUUAUACCAACAGCCUUCAACGAGAAUAUCCUGUCAGAUGCUCCGAGUCUAGUUUAAGCGCGUGCACAGUAUCUACUGUGCUUGUCGGAGAAAUGAGUUCAGUUGCGCGCUCUGGUUUAGUUUCAUCACUUAUUCAUUCUACACUGAGGUUAGUGACUACUUAUAUUUCAUGACUAAUCUUUAAAAUA